CAAUCAGCGCGUGCGUGCAGAUUUCAGAUGCACGCUGGUAAAUGUACAGUGUUUCAAAAAGCGCUUUUAGGGAAAAACAAACCAAAACAAAAGAAAAUCAUUGAAAGGAUCUGUUUGAUUUGAUUUAUGUUGAAACUUAUUGGGUGAUUUUAAUUCGCUGGACGCAGUUUCAAGCAAAGGGAGAAAACAACAAGAUGCCUUUUUCAAGAGGAAAGAAGCCGACUGUCAGCAAAAUCCCAAAGCUCCACAAUAAAGGCUCAGAGAAUGUGGAGGAUGGCCCUCAUGUCAAGCGAUCAUCCUCUCCUCCUCAAGGGGCUCCGAAGAAGAGAACUGCGUUUAUAGACAUCACUAACGCUCACAAAGUUGAGUUGAGUAAUCCUGUGAAAAAGAAAAAUCCAACCAAAAAGGUGCAGAAGAAGACCUCUGUGGCCACCAAGAAUGAAGCCAACCUAAAAAAAUCGGCCUCGGCCACUUCUGAGAGUUCCUGUGAGGAGCAGGAGAAGGAUAAAUCCCCAGUCGAGAAGCUUGAGGAGCCCCUUCCCAAAGCUCCCCUUCCUGCACACCUUCUACCCCCACAGAUCCCCCCAGAGUUUGACAUCGACUCAGAUGCUUCCUGUGACCACACACAGACGCCAGAGUAUGCUAAAGACAUUUUUGAUUACCUGAAGAAAAGAGAGGAGAAAUUUGUUUUACACGACUACAUGGACAGUCAGCCGAGUCUGAACGCGAGCAUGCGGGGAAUUUUAGUCGAUUGGCUUGUCGAGGUCCAGGAGAAUUUUGAAUUGAAUCACGAGACGCUGUACCUGGCUGUGAAGAUGACUGAUCAUUAUCUGGCUGCGGCGCAGGCCAGCAGGGAGUCGCUCCAGCUCAUCGGCUCCACAGCCAUGCUGAUUGCCUGCAAGUUUGAGGAGCGGCUCCCACCUUGUGUCGAUGACUUCCUGUAUAUAUGUGAUGAUGCAUACAAACGCUCACAGCUCAUUGCCAUGGAAGUGCAAAUCCUACAGGCACUGAACUUCGAACUCAAUAUUCCUGUUGCCUAUCGCUUCUUACGAAGAUAUGCCAAGUGUGUGAAUGCAGGUAUGGACACACUGACGCUGGCCCGGUUUGUGUGUGAGCUCAGUCUGUUGGAGGUGCAGUUUGUCCCCGUACGAGCAUCUCUGCUGGCCUCUGCUUGUCUGCUCAUCGCCCUGGUAACCAAGGACCUGGGGGGAUGGACGCCGUCUCUCCAGUUCCAUUCAGGCUACAGUGCGGAGGACCUGGCACCCGUGGCUCGAAUGCUCCAGCACAUGCUGAACAAUCCGUCAGACAGCAAACUGGCCACCAUCCGCAGCAAAUACUCUCACAAGGUUUUCUUUGAAGUCGCUGUCAUACCGACAGUGAGCUUGGAGAAGCUUGAAAGGUUUCUGAAGUGAACUUGAAGAGAUCAUCUGUAAUCUCUAAACUAUGUAAAUAUUAAAUAUACGUACUUAAUGUUAUACAUCUCAUGGAAGAAAAUAAAGUCUGUUCUGUAAGGCA